CCUGAACUGCCAACACCAAGGCAGCCGAAUCACCGACCCCCCUGGGACUCAUCUUCUCCUGCCCAGCCGCCCUCUUUCGCUUGUUGCUGCCGCUGCCGUCGUCAUUCGACGCAAGAUAAGCGGGCAGGGCCAAUGUUGGGUUUCUUUUCCCCUUUCAGCUGCUUUACCUAUCCCAUCCCCCUCCCCCAGUUGUUCUUUGACGGCAGGCUUGUAGAGAGAAAGUGAAGUGAAGGUCUAGACUCACUCAUCGUCACAUUUUCUCCCAUUGCCUUCCCUUCCACCCCGCGGACCCUGCCUCUGCCCGCCUCUCCUCCACAUAAGAUACACUCGUUCAAACUCCACGGGGCCCUCAUUCUUCAUCAACCGCGUCAUCGUCCCGGUCUGUGCAUCAUCUGCAUCUUGUUCCUCUUCAACUGGUCGUUUUAUUCCUCGGACCGUCAUCUGGCAAUCCCUGUCUUCCGUCAGUCCUCGAUUUGUUUAUCUGUUCGUGCAAGCAAGCGACACUGCUUGCGCCUUACACCCCCCUCGACUUCUUCUCACACAACAAGCGCAAAUAUGAAGACCACUGUUCUUCUCGCUGCAGGCCUGGCGGCAGUCCGUCACGCGUCUGCCGCCUACGACGCGACCAUCUGCGGCAGGGAGAACAAGUACACCAGCGAGGACACCCAGUUUAUCUUUCAGUCCAACGCCUGGAACCCCGUUGGCGAUGGCUCCUCGUGUGUCUCGGUCGACCAGGCGAUUCCGGCGUUUGACGCCACCUGGAACUGGGAGGAGGACAAGAACAAUGUUCACUCGUUCCCCCAUGUGCGCUUCAACUCAACGAAGCUGCCGACGAAAUUGAGCGACAUCAAGACCAUGCGCCUCACGGCAGACUGGACCAUGCGCAAGACGACGUCGGUGAACGACCCGCCUCGCGACUUCUCCGCGAGCGCCUGGUCCGAGAACAAGGAGGAGCUUGACGGUGUCGUAUCCAACGCCGCCUGGGACUUCUUCGUCGACAGGAACAAGUCAAGGACCUACAACCCCAUCGACUCGGAGGCCGAGAUCAUGAUUUGGCUGGGCAAGGUCGGAAACCCGUACCCGCUGAUGGGCGACUCCAUCUUGACCAACAUCACGCUGGGAAGUACCGAGUUCUCCCUCUGGUACGAAACCAACCAACGCGAGCAAAAGGUCUUCACCUGGGUCACGCGCGAUGGGUCGGAUGUCACCCAGUUCGACGAGGACAUCACGCCGCUUCUCAAGUUCGUGCUCGAGUCUGGUGAGAUUGACGAGGACUCGUGGCUCGGCCUCGUUGAGUUCGGCUCCGAGGCGUGGCACUCACCUGAGAAUGUCACGUUCAGCGCCGCACACUUCAGCAUGGACCUGGACAAUGGCGAGAGCGGUUCCGGCAGUGGAUCUAGCGGCGGUGGUGACGAGAACGCGGCAGGACGAUACGGGUUCCCGGCGUUGUUCCUGGUGUCGUUGUUCGCGAUGGGCGUUUCCAUGUUCUAAUUAUGGCAUGUUUGAUCUCAUGUCACUUUAGAGGGGGUGGGAGAGAUGCUCGAGGAAGAAACCAAUGGCAGCGCACGAUAUGAUUAAUGGUGUCUAGAUAGACGGGUGAGAAGAAGACUUCUUGGGUGGCCCGUAAUUGAAGCUUUGAUGAUGGACAUCUUCAUCGUGCUAAAUCAC